AUGAAAAUCAUGAAUGUAACAUCCAAAGAGCAUAAGAAACUGAAGAUGGGCCAACUAGUCUUUGCUAAAGUUAGAGGCUUCCCACCAUGGCCAGCAAAAAUUACAAAAGUGCACCAUAUCAACAAAUUUUCCGUGUACUUUUAUGGGACUCAGGAAACGGGAGACAUCAGCAGACAAAAUCUAUUCACCUAUCAUGAAAAUAAGAACAAAUAUGCAACGGAGAAAAACUUAAAAAGGCGCUUUUAUGGAGAUGGCAUCGCUAUAAUUGAAUCUGUGUUGAAGGGUAAAGCUAGUGAUCCUGCUGAGUUAUUUAUUAAGAUAACUGAAACACUAAACGACAAAGAGAACGUUCCGCCCAAUGAAAUGAAAUCAAAUGUGAAACGUAAACGGGACUGCUGUAAUGAAGUGUACGAUACUACUGUUGCUCAACCUGCGAAGAAGAUGGUUCUGAAGGAAGGUGAUGAUCAAACCGAUGAUGUUAACAUGGAGACAGAUAAUCUGGAAGACAUUGCCAGAACUUGUCAGAAGGAAGAUGGAAUAACGCCUAACUUGUUGCUAUGUCUAAUAAAAAAUGAAGUAUUCAUCGGUAUUAACCUAGACUAUAAAAAACCAUUAUCUUUUGCUUCAAAUUAUCAGCGCACUAAAUGGGAAGUGGCAGCACGCAAAAAAGCAGAAGAGCUCAAAAACGAUUUGGAAGCGCGGCGAAUCAAAAUUAAAUCUGUUAGGGAUCAAAUCGUUUUACGUCCUCCAAUAGAUUUAAUAAUUACUGAAUUUGUACGUCGCUUACUUAGCGGAAUGUCGGAUGCAAGAAAAUUAUAUCUGACUGAGCUUUUUGAAGUGUUUAAGUGUCGAAAGGUGCGUAAAUAUCUUGGAUUGCAAGACGCGUUCAUCGACGAUGAGUUCAAAAUAUGGAAUAAGUUUGAUAUACAUGAAGUUAUUCCAUUGCUGUUAAUAAGAUUUCCAUAUUGCAUGGAUAUAAUAGCUCAUGUACGCCAUUUUGUUGAAGUUUCAAAACCAUGGGUAUCCAGAGCAAGUAAUAGAAAAAUUAGUACGGAUGAUGAAAUUGAAAAGCUCCGACGGGAUGCCGUAAAAAUUUACUAUGUUUUAAGUAAAGUUUUUCAUCACAAAAAAACAUCUCCCUGGCUGUGGGACGGCGAAACUCAGGCUUGUCGUAUACCAGAAAAUAGUUUUAAUGAAUAA